AUGACAGUUCGUAGCUGGCGGCGCUUGCGCGACGACGGCGAGAGGGAGGAGUCAACCCGCGCUCCUUGCCUUAGCCUCGGCCUUGUUCUGGUAACGGCGUCUGCGUUGCUCUUUGGCAUUGUCGCUGCAUUCAUCAAGGCCAUCGAUGUCCCUACGCUCGUCCUGCAGCUGGUCCGCUCGCUCAUUGAGUGGUUACUAGGGAUCAUCGCCGCCCUGGUCUACCGGAAGAAGCAGCAGCCCACCUCGAAUCUCGUGCUCCUCCUCUUCGGGCCUGCAGAGCUCCGCGGCUGGCUUGUGCUGCGAGCUUUUCUGUACUGGGUCUUCAUCGCGGGCUGGUGGUUUGCGCUCGCCUCGAUGCCUAUGGGCGACGCGACGACGAUUGUGUACGUGGGCCCGGUCUUUACAGCCACGUUCGCCUUCCUCUUCCUCGGCGAGACGGUCGAUUGGAGUUUCUACCCGAUCGUUGCGCUCGACGCCGUCGGUCUACUCCUCAUCACGCAGCCCAGCUUUGCCUUUGGAGGGCCGGCAAAUGAUGGAUCGUACCAGUCCGGCGCGCUCAGCGCGCUCGCGUCCGCCGUGGUGGCCGGGCUGCUACCCGUGUGCGUGCGAAAGAGCCGCAUGUGUCUCUGGACCGCCGUGAACCAUUGCUCAUCUGCGCUGUCGGCGUUGGUGUUCUCGCCCGCCGCGAUCCUCGCCUGGCUCUGGUACAAGCCGGCGGCGUGGGCCGAGGCGUCGGCGGGGCUCGGCGAGCUGCUGCUCGUCCGAAACUGCGCGCUGCUGGUGGGGGCGACGCUGGUCGGCUUCCUCGGCCUCUCGUUCCAGACGCGUGGCUACCAGCUCGAGCAGGCCGCGCGCGCCUCGGUCAUGACGGUGCUCGAGAUCCCCUUUGCUUACGUGCUGCAGUAUGCGCUCUUCCACGAAGAGCUCUCCCUCCUCGGCCUCCUCGGCGUUGUCGUCGUGUGCAGCGCGACGGUCCUGAACCUUGUCCGUCGACAGCAGCUGAACGACGCGGCAGCGUCAUAG